CGGGAUCGGAUCGCAGAGCGCAGAGGUUCAUGAGCGUGCGGUGGAGCGCUGGCAGCCCAUGCUCUCGUGCGUUUCGGAUCUUUGACGAGUCGAGUGCGUCACCAGCGCAGCGAAGCCUCAGUCGAGUCGAGGCGCAGUGAGCUCAUCACGCUGCCAUUUGCCAUCAUGGCCGCGAAAUCCGUGCUCCUGCUAGUUGGAGACUAUGUGGAGGACUAUGAGGUAAUGGUUCCUUUCCAGGCUUUGCAAGCCUACGGCAUCAGAGUUGAUGCAGUGUGCCCUGGAAAGAAAGCGGGUGAUUCUGUUGCCACGGCCGUCCACGACUUUCUUGGGCAUCAGACGUACACAGAGCUCAAGGGACACAACUUUGCUCUGAAUGCGACCUUCGACGAGGUGGAUGCCGACAGUUACGAUGCCUUGGUGGUUCCUGGAGGACGAGCUCCUGAGUAUCUGUCCCUGGAUGAAAAAGUCCUCGAGUUGGUCCAGAAGUUCACAACAGCACAUAAGCUUGUGGCGUCAAUUUGUCAUGGACAGUUGAUCCUUGCGGCAGCCGGAGUGCUCGAAGGCAAGCAAUGUACGGCCUACCCGACCUUGAAACCGACUGUCCUGGCUGCCGGUGGGAAGUGGCUGGAUGCAGAGCCAAUUUCAAAAUGCUUCACAGAUGGAAAGCUGGUGACUGGCGCUGCAUGGCCUGGCCAUCCUGAGUUUUUGAAGAUGAUUCUUGCAUCACUUGGAGCAUCCAUUGUGGGUGCCGACAAGAAAGUUCUGUUCAUCUGUGGGGAUUACAUGGAGGAUUAUGAGGUGAUGGUUCCAUUUCAAGCUCUUUUAGCCCUUGGCUAUGAGGUUGAUGCAGUGUGUCCUGACAAGAAAAAGGGAGACGUAUGCCCUACUGCCAUUCACGAUUUUGAGGGGGCUCAGACAUACAGUGAGAAGCCGGGUCACAAUUUCCAGUUAACAGCCACUUUCGAAGAUGUACAAGCAUCUGAAUAUGAUGCACUUGUGGUACCAGGAGGCCGUGCUCCAGAGUAUUUGGCAUUGAAUUCCAAAGUACUAUCAAUUGUGCAACAUUUCUCCAACAAUAAGAAACCCAUCGCUUCAAUCUGUCACGGACAGCAGAUACUUGCUGCAGCAGGUGUCCUUAAGGGAAAAAAAUGCACGGCGUACCCAGCAGUGAAGCCUCAAGUUGUGCUGGGAGGUGCAGAGUGGCUAGAGCCAGAACCCAUCAGCAAGUGCUUUACAGAUGGGUUGCUUGUGACAGGUGCUGCUUGGCCAGCACAUCCUGAGUUUGUGGCUCAGUUGCUAGUUUUGCUCGGAACCGUGAUCUCGUUUUAGAUUUCUCUGACUCUUGACUUCAGGUAAAUAAUGUUAGAUAUAAACUCGACAAUGUACAGUGAAGCCUUGUAAUAAGAAGGGCAACUACCAGAGGUGUGCUGUUACUGAAUCUGUCACCAGUUUUGUGAUUAUCAAUGAAGACGGUCGAG